GUGGAGCUAAUGGUGGACUCUGGAAGGGCUCACGCCAAUGAGCACUUCUCAGAACCCCUGCUGCCAGCGCCCCUGUCUCCUCGGUGAGCCACAGCUGGCCCCCACCUCUGCAGGCACCCCUCCAACACCAGCAGCUCCCUGGCCUCAGAUCUGGCGUCGCUUACACACCAUCUACCAGUCUGCGGAACUGCCUGAGACACACCAGAUGCUGCGUCGGACGUGCCAGGACUUUGCCGAGAAGGAGCUCGUUCCCAUCGCAGCCCAGGUGGACAAGGAACAUCGCUUCCCGGCAGCUCAGGUGAAGAAGAUGGGCGAGCUGGGGCUCAUGGCCAUGGAUGUGCCUGAGGAGCUCGGUGGUGCGGGCCUCGAUUACCUGGCCUACGCCAUCGCCAUGGAGGAGGUCAGCCGGGGCUGCGCCUCCACCGGAGUCAUCAUGAGUGUCAACAACUCCCUCUACUUAGGGCCUAUCCUGAAGUUUGGCUCCAAGGAGCAGAAGCAGCAGUGGAUCACUCCUUUCACCAGUGGCAACAAAAUUGGCUGCUUUGCCCUCAGUGAACCAGGGAACGGCAGUGACGCAGGGGCCGCCACCACCACGGCUCGGGCAGACGGUGACACGUGGGUCCUGAGUGGCACCAAAGCCUGGAUCACCAAUGCCUGGGAGGCCUCGGCCACUGUGGUCUUCGCCAGCACAGACAGAUCCUUGCAGAACAAGGGCAUCAGUGCCUUCCUGGUUCCCAUACCGACACCUGGGCUCACGCUGGGGAAGAAGGAAGACAAGCUGGGCAUCCGGGCCUCAUCCACUGCCAACCUCAUCUUUGAGGACUGUCGAAUACCCAAGGACAACAUGCUGGGGGAGCCGGGGAUGGGCUUCAAGAUCGCCAUGCAAACCCUGGACAUGGGCCGCAUAGGCAUCGCCUCCCAGGCCUUGGGAAUUGCCCAGGCCUCCCUCGACUGUGCCGUGCAGUAUGCUGAGAACCGCAGGGCCUUCGGGGCGCCCCUCACCAAGCUGCAGGGCAUCCAGUUCAAGUUGGCGGACAUGGCCUUGGCCCUGGAGAGUGCUCGGCUGCUGACCUGGCGUGCUGCCAUGCUGAAGGAUAACAAGAAGCCUUUCAUCAAGGAGGCGGCAAUGGCCAAGCUAGCUGCAUCGGAGGCUGCAACUGCUAUCACCCACCAGGCCAUGCAGAUCCUGGGUGGCAUGGGCUACGUGACAGAGAUGCCAGCUGAGCGGCACUACCGUGACGCCCGCAUCACCGAGAUUUAUGAAGGCACCAGUGAGAUCCAGAGGCUGGUGAUCGCCGGGCAGCUGCUCAGGAGCUACCGGAGCUGAGCCCUCGGCAGGGCCGACAGUGCCCACCAGGAGCCCGGCCGGCCUGAGGACCCUGGGAAAGGGGGCGGGAGCCAUGUGGCCUUCACCCUGACUCCCAGUCAGAGCCAGUGGGGUGGAAGGGUAGGGGCCACGCCUCCUCUUUCCAGGAUCCCCGGACCCAGCCUCUGGGUGGACCUGCCCCCUCACCUCUCUCCACCCCAGACCAGGCUGCCUGGGAGAAAGGAAAAGCAGGGCUGUCUUCAGCUCACGUUCUUGGCUUUGUUCCCUCUCGACCACCGACUGUGCCUUAUUUUCUUCUUCUGGAGGCUGAGCCGUGGGAAGAGAGAAAGUAUCACUUGGGGACUCCCUGGUUCUCUUCUGUGGGUCCUGGCGCUCAGUAUGCAACCCAGUGUCUGCUCUUUUCUCCAAAGUCGGGGGUCUGGAGGAAUGGGGUGUGGGCCGGAAUGACCAGGCCUCAAAGCAGAAGUUGUGUUCUCUCAGGCCCCAGCGCCUUGGGGCUGGGUCAUUGUGGAAGCUGCCCUGCGUCCCAUUAACCUGGUCUUUAAAGUAUAAACGAGUGCAGGUGGGUGGUCCGAUUUGUGCCUUGGUUCACGUGUGGGAGUUAAGUAAUAAAGCAUACGUGCCCCCUGA